AUGAAGCCUCGACACAUCCUUAACCUGUUGCCAGUUUUGGCUCUGGCAUGUUUUCUCACCAUGAUAAGUGAAUGCAGCCUUUUGCAGCCUCGGCUGACCGGUCCAGAAAAAGCCUUCCUGAACUCCAGAGUGGCCUUCAGGUGCGUUGCCCCCGGCGCCCCCCCGCCGGUCACCUACCGGCUGCUGAGGGACGGCGGGGCCCCGGUCGCCACGCACGUCGACGACGAGGGCGGCCAGACCGCCGUGUUCCCCCUUAAGGUUACCGCGGCAACGGGGGGGGCGUACCGUUGCCGGGCGGCGGCCGGAGGCAUCACCGGGGUCAGCGCCGGCGUCCGGCUCACCGUCGUCACCCCGGCGUCUAACACCAGAGUGGAGUCAGACCCCUCCCCCCCCGUGGCGUUUGAGGGGUCCCGGGUGGCCCUGAGCUGCGAAGUGGACCGCGGCUCACACCUGUCCUACACCUGGUUCUUCAACCGCACGGAGGUGGGAGGUUCAUGGCCGGGGGUCAGGGCCUCCGGCAGCCGGCUGGUGCUGGAGAGGGCCACGCCCCAGCAGGCGGGGGGGUACUACUGCGUGGCCUGGGCCACGGUGCAGGACACCAGGAGGUUCUCCACCAGCACCGAGAUCCAGGUGGUCGUCAAGGUUUUUCUCUCCAAACCGAUGAUCUCCUUCAGCAUGGUCAAAGUGGGAGACGGUUACCGGGGCAACGUGACCUGCUGGUGCUCCAGAGGGAGUCCCCCGGCUAACUUCUCCCUGUGGGUUGACGGUAGGCCGGUCGGUUGGUUCACGGCCACCGGGGCGCUGGCCGUUUCCUUCCCGGUGCCCGCGGCGCCCGGGCUGGACAUGGGCGAGGCGCGCUGCCGCGUCCAGUCGCCACGGCAACAGCUGCACAGCGAACCCCUCAGUCUGGAAGUAGUCCCGGUCGGGGGGGGCCUGCGGGUGGAGCUGGAGUACCUGUACUCUGCGGGGUCCGGGCGGGCGGCGGCCAGACUCUGCUGCCUGCUGGUCCGCGGGACCUUCCCCUCCUUCUCCUGGCUGCUGAACGGCUCCCAGCUGCCGGCCGCCGGCCGCUCGCUGCUGCUGCCCGUAAUCGGACCGACGGAGGCCGGGCAGUACGCCUGCAGGGCAAGAGACAGCUACGAGCCCCACGGGCCCUGGGCCCAGAGCCCCGCCGUGAUGGUCCAGCCCACAGAGCCCGACACCACCCCCCUGGACGCCAUCGCCAUCCUGUUCUGCUGCUUCUUCCUGCUCACGCUGGUGGUCGGCUCCAUCUGCGUUUACAAGAUGUUCGACCGCAAACCAGCUCCGACCCACGUUCCUGCUGCCCAUAGCCUACUGGUCCCUCCACCUCCCAGCUCUCCGGCUCCCUCUGAGUGCGAGUCUCAGUCCGAUUCUGAUCCGGAUCAGACCAUGGAGAUCACAGUGUGA